AUGAAAAUAUGUCCACUCAUGGAAAUGGUGUGUGGGGUUGAACAAAAACAAGCAGCAACAACACGAAUUGACGAAGAUGAAACAGCACUAUUGCGUCAAGCAUUUAUGUUAAACCCAUCUCAGACUGUAUACGAGUAUCUCAAAGGUCAUCAGGCAGAAGUUUUGGAUUUUGUCCGAAGUGAAUUGGGAGCUGCAGAUUGA